AUGAAUGCUCCUAUCAAAUGUAAAAUUUGUACAUUUAUUGCAGAAACUCCUAUUGAUUUAUUAAAACAUAAGAGAGAUGCUCAUAAAGUAGAAAGGAAAUUUUUGCCUUCACAUGAAAUUUUGAAAUACUUUGAUUAUCCAGAUAGAACAUUUUGUCCUAUAUGUGAACAACCUAUUAAAUCUCGAAAUUUCAGAUCCACUUUCAUCAAGCAUUUAUUGAUACAUUCUGCUGAGUUAACUUAUGAAUGUAGGAUAUGCAAGAAGAAAUUUAGAAGACGUGAUCACAUGAGGAGUCAUGAAAAGCGCCAUGUUCUAAGCUAUGCAGAACUGAAGGCUAUAGAGGAUACUGUUGACAAUAGUCCAGUGCAGUUACCUGUUAUUUUGCCUACAUGA